AUGCAAGCCGGACAGGGAUGGGAUGGGAUGGAGAUGGAGAGGAGGAGUGGAAGCCAGGAAGGGGAGGGAGGGCAAGCCUUGCACUACCACAGGCUAAGAGACCAAGAAGGAGGGAGGCGGAGCUUGUCUGGUGGUAGGCGAAGGACGAAGCAAGUGACGAAGCUCGGAAGUAGCGAAGUCACUCGGAAGACGAAAACGGGAGAGACGGGGAGACGGGACGAGGAAGAAGACGAAGCCGACGAGGGAGAGAGUAGACGAAGAGAGAAAGGCCCUGCUCGUCCUCGCAUAAGUAGCUCCUUAGCCGGCUCGGCUACAAGAAGCACCUUAAGAGAAUAG